AUGGGCAGUAAUAAGUUACCUCCCGGCCCUCCUGGUUUACCUAUCCUGGGCAACCUCUUCGACAUACCUCCUGUUGAGCCGUGGCAUGUUUUCUACAAAUGGGCGAGGCAGUAUGGUGUCAACUCAGGCGAAGUUGUGUAUCUGCAAGUUCUCGGCCGGCCUGUCGUCCUACUAAACUCUGUUCAAGCAUGCAAUGAUCUUUUCGAAGGUCGCCAUGCCAUCUACUCGGAUCGUCCACAUUUUCCUCUCAUGGAUCUCAUGGGGAGCGGCUGGGACAUCCCAAUGAUGACCUAUGGUCAGAAAUGGCGCACUCUCCGCCGCAUCUUCUCCACAAAGUACUCAGUGGCGUCAUCUCUUGUCUCUUUCUACGAUGAGCACCGUCGCUCGUCCGUUGUGUUCUUGCAACAUGUCCUCAACAGUCCGAAUGAGUGGGCGAAUCACAUACGACUCCGUCAAGGGCAGACUAUCAUGGGUGCGACGUACGGCAUACCAAUCGAAAGCCGUCAAGACCCACUCAUUCGCACUGCGGAUGAAUACAUGGGGGCGGUGUCGUUGGCGCUCAGCCCAGCUAUGUGGCUAGUGAAUCCAUUAUGGAUGACCAUCCCUGGCGUGCGUCAAUGGCGUAGAAGCGCAGAGGAGCUGAGGACCAAGCCGUUCAUGAUGGCCAAGGAAGCCUUCAACAAAGGUAUUGGCAGGCCUUCUUAUGUCACAUCUUUUCUACAGGAAGGCCACGUAGACGAGCAAGCCAUCUGUGACACCGCGGCAGUCGCGUAUGGAGCGGGAUAUGAGACGUCGGUCAUCAGUGCUGAUGUCUUCUUCCUCGCGAUGGUUCUCUACCCCGACGUUCGGAACCGUGCUCAGGAAGAAUUAGACAGAGUAGUUGGCAACGAUAGGCUUCCGGAUUUCACAGAUCGGGACAGGCUUCCAUACAUCAGUGCGAUCAUGAAAGAGGUCCUGCGCUGGCACCCACCUGCUCCGACCGGAGUUCCACAUCUGCUCCAGGAGGACGACGUGUAUAACGGAUUCUAUCUCCCUAAAGGCACCGUUGUGAUGGGGAACGUCUGGGGUCUCCUUCACAACCCCGAGAUGUACCCCGAACCAGAGAGGUUCAUGCCCGAGCGGUUCAUCCGAGAUGGGGCUUUCGAUUGCAGCGCAAACGACCCUAGCCGCUUUACAUUCGGCUUCGGGAGGCGUGUCUGUCCCGGGCGAGUCUUUUCCGAAGACUCUAUCUGGCUUCUGGCUGCACGGUUCUUGUCGGUCUUCGAUAUCUCGCCGGCCGAUCCCAAGGCACUCCCAGAAGUCAGCUUCACGGGAGGCGCAGCUCCUCGAGUGAAGCCCUUCGAAUGCAUCAUCCGUCCGAGAUCCACCGCAGCUGCCGAGCUCGUUGAGGUCAGCGCUCGCGCUUAG